AUGGCGUCUCCUCUCUCAGCUGCGCGCUCUGCGCGCAAGGUCGUUCACAACGUUGCCGGAAAGCGCUUCUUGUCCGACAUCUCCAUCACCAGGACUGGCAAGCCAAUCAUCCGGGUUGAAGGCGGCCGAUCGUCCCUCGGAGGCCACACGGCUACGGUAUUUGGCGCAACCGGCCAAUUGGGCCGAUACAUUGUCAAUCGCCUAGCGCGCCAGGGCUGUACCGUUGUGGUUCCGUUUCGCGAAGAGAUGACCAAGCGGCACCUGAAGGUCACGGGUGACUUGGGCCGCGUUGUCUUCGUGGAGUACGACCUCCGCAACACAUCCUCGAUCGAGGCGAGCGUUCGACACUCCGAUGUUGUGUACAACCUGGUUGGCAGGGACUACCCUACCAAAAAUUUCUCCCUCGCCGAUGUUCACAUCGAGGGAACGGAGCGUAUCGUCGAAGCCGCUGCCAAGUAUGACGUUGACCGAUAUAUUCACGUCUCGUCUCACAGCGCCAACCCGGAGUCUACUUCCGAGUUUUACGCAACCAAGGGCCGAGGAGAGCAAGUUGCGCGAAGCAUUUUCCCCGAAGCGACCCUCGUCAGGCCGGCGCCCAUAUUCGGGUUCGAGGAUAACCUGCUUCUCAAACUGGCGUCUGUCCUCAAUCUUUUCACGGCCAACAACAUGCAGGAGAAGUUCCGACCCGUUCACUCCAUCGAUGUGGGAGCAGCCCUGGAAAAGAUGCUGUACGACGAGUCGACGGUUGGCCAAACGUACGAGCUGUACGGUCCCAAGGAGUAUACGUUGGCCCAGAUCGCCGCCCUUGUGGAUAAGGAGAUUUUCAAGCAGCGACGCCAUAUCAACGUACCCAAGGCUAUCUUGAAGCCCGUGGCCGGCCUUCUUAACCGUGCACUGUGGUGGCACACUCUCUCGGCCGACGAGGUUGAGCGCGAGUUCAUGGACCAAGUCAUUGACCCCGAAGCCAAGACCUUCCGGGACUUGGGCAUCGAGCCGGGCGACAUUGCGAACUUCACCUACCACUACCUGCAAGGAUUCCGCAGCUCACACUACUACGACCUGCCCCCGGCCACGGAGAAGGAGAAGAGGGAAGACAAGAAAUACAUCCACGUGCUGGACGAGUUGUGA